UGUGUGUGCGUGUGGCUGAACGCACGUCGAGAUGGCAAAGUUGUAAUAGCACGUACAGUAGCACUCCAGCUAACAUCUGCACCAGCAUGUGUGACAGCGUCAUAACUACAGUCAAUACAAUCGUCUGAGCAGCGGCUUGACAAGAGGAAUACGACAUUUGAAGUCCAGGUCCAGGAUCUGUCUGUGUGUGGUGGCUCCGGAAGCACUAACUCCAGCCUCAGUCCACUCCUUGUGAAGCUCCCCCACAUUUCUGAAUGGCCUUUUCCUGACGAUCAUCUCCAGACUGUAGUCAUCCCUGCUGACAAAACCCGUCUACUAUUCAUAUCCGCUCUGGGGCAAAAUGAGUCUGGCUCUUCAUGAUCUCCUGGUUUGCUGCAGAGGGCUGGAAAAUGACAAAGCUACAGAAAGAAAAAAAGAAGCUGAACGCUUUAGGCGGCUUCUUCGAUCUCCAGAGAUUAUGCAAGAACUGGACCGCACUUCAGGAUCCAAAGCUAAAGGCUCCAAACAGCUCACAUGGGAUGCUGUUUUCAGGUCCCUGCAGCGUUAUGUCCAGAAGGAGACAGAAAGCAUGCAGUCAAGUAGAUCCAACGUCACAGCAACUACGCUCGCCACUCGGCGGAAGAAGAUGGCUGAAAUGUGCAGCUUGAUCAAAUAUUUCAUACGCUAUGCAAACAAACGUGGACCUCGUCUGAAGUGCAGCGAGCUGCUGAAGCAUGUGAUGGAGGUCCUGCAGAGCUCAUACUGCUGCUCCGCUUAUGGAGAAGAUUACAGCAGCCUCCUUUUAAAGGACAUCCUCUCUGUCCGCAAAUACUGGUGUGAUAUCUUUCAGCAGCAGUGGCAAAGUCUUUUGGACUUGUACUGUGGUUUGUUCAACUCCACAUCCAAAUCCAUCAACCGUGUCUUGCUGAGCAGAGUCAUUCACACAGUGGUGAAGGGCUGCUGCGCGCAAACUGAUGGAUUCAAUGAUGCUUUGUUCAUCUUCUUCUCCAAAGCACUGCUUAAUGUCAGGCAGGAGAAACACCUGACUGUUCUGGAGCACCUCGUCUCCGCGCUGAACAUCUUCUUGAGAUCUGCGGCCAUGAAUUGUCGGAUGCGAGUGUGCCAUCUGGGAGAGGAGCUCCUGCCUUCUAUACUGAAUGUGUGGGCGGAUAUGAGGCCGAGUGCUCCUCUCAAAGAGGGAAUUGUAGAGUUCGUCAACCUGCAGAUCUGUGUUCACCAUCCUAAAGGAGCCAAAACCCAAGACUCGGGUGCUUAUGCUGAGGACUGGACCAGGUGGAGGAGUCUGCUGUACAACCUGUAUGAUGCUUUGGUCAGAGAGAUCAGUCAAAUAGGCAGUAGGGGGAAAUAUGUCACAGGGAGCAGACACGUAGCUGUCCAAGACAAUAUCAUUGAGCUCACGGCUGACAUUUGUCACCAGCUGUUCAACGAUGACAGUGACACCCAAAUCCUAGAGGUCACCCAGGCCUCCAGAUCCACGCAGUUGGGUAGCCCCACCCACGGAGCAGCCAGCAAGCGACGGCGCGUUGAAAUGGGCUGGGAGGUCCUCCGUGACCAUCUGCAGCCCCAGCAAAGUGACUUUGAUGUCAUACCAUGGCUGCAGAUAGCUGCAGUGCUAACCUCUAAAUAUCCAUCCAUGAUGCCCGGUCAGGAGCUGGUCCCGCUGCUGUCUGUGUUGCACCAGCUCCUAGCAGAGCAUCGGAGAGGAGAGAGGGGUCUCUAUGUGCUGCGCUGCCUGAGGGAGGUGGCCGGCUGCCAGGCACGCUACCCACAGAGAGCUCAGGUCCACAGGACAGAGCUGAGCAGGCUCUGGGCUCGGAUAUGGGCCCUUGCUGUGCGAGGGUUCGGCUCUCCCCAGACAGAGACCCUCAGUCUGGACCUGCUGGCCUCCAUUGUCCAUGGUGGUCUGAUUAAUAUUGACAGAGAGUUCUGGAAGCUCUUCUCUGGAUCUGCAUGCAAACCAUCCCAGAGUGCUGCACUCUGCCUAGCUCAGGCUAUGUUAAAGUGUUCAGUCCCAAAAAGUCGCAUGUCAAACUCAGGGUGGGACUACAUGGGAUUCACAGAGGGAUGUGUAUCACCUAAUCUGAAAGAGACUCUCAUAGCCUGGCUGCUGAUGAGUGACCAGAGUGACGAGAUGGAGGAGAGCAGCAGACCUCACCCCAUCAUCUGCAGAGACUUUCCUUACAAUCUGAUACCAAACAUCUUGGUCUCGCUGACUUUGAAAGACACUAGAGUUGCGCUAAAUUUUCUUCUGGGUAUUGAAGGAGCAGAAAGUGCUUUUUUUCAAGAGCAAGUUGAUACCAAAGACAACUUGGAAGAGAUUGAGAGACUGUACCAGCAGUUUAUCUUCAACGCAUUGCCAUCAGAGAUUGGAGGGGCUGGUGAUGAGUCAGUGCAGACAGGGUCAGCCAACGGUCAGUUUGCUGCUGUCCCCGGCCUCAGAAACAAGUUGGAGCAGUCCCUCCUCUCCAUGGCUGACAAUCUGCUCAACUGCUACUCUCCUGAUUGUCCGUCCACCCCCCCGGAGUGUCUAGUGCGAUGUUUCAGUCAGCUGACUGCUGUUCUGGCAGCUUACGUCUCAACUGGGUUUUUGACUGAGGAGGAGGCCUGCCGCUCACAGCUUGUCACUAAAGCAAAGACCCUGGCCCAGGAACUCAGUGGGUUUGUUGCUGGUGUGAAAGUGAAAAUGACAGAGCAGGGGAUCAUGUCCACACUGAGAUCUGUUAUGAAACUAUGCACGCAGUUCACCAACAGAAAGAACAAGGAUCAUAGUUGUUCUGUUGCCUCUGGUUUGUUUAUAAUGACUCUGCCUGCCAGCCUCCUCAGCGAGCUGGCAGAAAUCUGCAAACUGCUGUUCAGCAACAUUUCUAAAAGAGGCAGUGUUGUGGACGACGAUGAACGUGUGGAUGAUGACUGGGAAAUGACCACAACUCAUCAAGCAGGGGAUGACAUUGAUCUGUUUGAUGGUGAGGAGUCCCAUAGCAGCAGUAAUGGGACCCAAAGACAGAAGGUAGACAACACUGAUGUCUCCUGUGGCCCAGGUGCAAAAAGCCUGCUCGCAGAUGAUUAUCUAGCACAGCAGUGUCUGGCUUUCCUUGCAGUCUUGGAGUUCCUAUGUGAGUGUGGCUCAGUCCAGCCCAUCCACGGCCUGCUUUUCAAACCACAAGAGAUCAGGCGCAGGCUGCUGCUGCUGCUGGAGCAGGUCGACUUCAGCAAAGCCCUGCACCUUAAUAUGUAUCUCGUCCUGCUGAAGAAGCUUCCUGCUGAGGAUUCGCUCUCUCCUGAGGAGUUUGACUCACUGCUCCGUCCUCUUGCGGACCUGUGUUCUUUGUACCGUCAGGACCAGGAGGUCUGUGCCGCUGUGCUGCUCAGUUUGUUGCCGUCCAUAAGGAGCCUGGGGAAGACUCAUCACAUGCCUGAGGAGAUGAGACAUGUUCAGGGAUCUCUGCUUCAAGUGGUGUCUGGCUUCUGUUUCCUGAGCCAGACAGGGAAAUGUGUGGCAACUGUGAGAGCUGCUUUGGUGAAGUGUCUGGUUGCUCUGCUGGAGGCUGACCCACGUUGUAACUGGGCAGUUUUAAGUCUCAGAGAGGCUGACACAGAGGAGGACCGUCCAGUGUCUUCUGUCCUUCCAUCUCACCUCGCAGAUGUGCACCACCAAGUCCGCAUGCUAGUAGCUGUCUCAGUGGAGAGGCUGUUUGUAGAGAUGAGACCAGAGCAUCCAGAGAAGAAGAAGAUGCUGCCGCUGAAACACCAGCAGGCUGCUUUUGAGAACGUUUACCUGAAGGCUCAGAAGGGGAUGAGGAUUCUGAGAAGCAGCUCUUCAGAGGACCGACGGGAUGAGGCAUUCAACCGCAAGGCUACCCUGCUGAAGAGUUUGUCCGUUGUGCUGUGUUGUAGCCCAGUGUGUGAAAAGCAGUGUCUGUUUGCCCUCUUCCAGUCCUAUAAAGAGAACAACAUAGAAGAGCAACUUCUUAAAAAGAUGUUGUGCAGUGUGUCCAAGAUGCUGGGCUACAGGAGUGUAAAAACAUUUGUCUGCUCCCACCUGAACUAUCUGGUUGCUGAGUGGCUCGCACAGAGACAGUCUGAUGACCGCUACACUCUUGGAUCCUUCCCCUACGGUCUGCUGGAUCAGGACACAGUCAAAGAUUUUUACAACUCGUCCUACCAGGUGCUGAUCCCCCACCUGGUUUUCCUGGAUGACUUUGAACAGGUGAAAUCUAUCGGCAGAUAUCUUGAGAGGGACUGGAGACACUUACUGGCUGAUUGUUUCCCCAAGAUCAUGGUCAACAUUCUGCCAUACUUUGCGCUGCAUGGGCAGGAUUCACAGGUUGCACAGCAGAGAGAAAAGGCCCACAGAGUGUACGACCUGCUUAAAGACACCAGCUGUUUGGGGAAACAGCAAAUUGACAGCCUGAUCCACAGUAACCUGGCAGACAUUAUAGUGGAACUGCUGAUGACUCUGUACGAAGGUGGUGGAGCAGAAAGAGACAGAGGAGGCCUGACAUGCUUUAUUGGAGAGUUGGAUCCUGUACCAAACCCACCAUACUUCAGCUCUAAAAUCAUCAAAGCUACAUUGGAGUACCUCAGCAAGUGCCACAGUGCCACCCACAAGUCCCUGGUUGCCAUUUUGUCCAAAACCCCGAUUUCCAUCCAGAGAAUUCUGCUGGCCGUGUGCGAAAGAGCAGCAGAGACGACCAACAGCUACGAGCGUCACCGCAUCCUCCUCAUGUACCAUUUGUUUGUCAGCCUGCUGCUCAGGGAGGUGAAGGAUGGUCUGGGAGGAGCCUGGGCCUUCGUUCUCAGAGACAUCAUCUACACCCUCAUCCACCACAUCAACAGCAGACCUCUUCAGUGUGAUGAGGUUUCUAAUCGAAGCCUCUCUCUGUGCUGCGACCUGCUUUCCUCUGUGUGUCAGGCUGCUCUGCAGUUCUGCGAUGAUGCUUUAGACUGCCACCUUCAGGUCAUCGUGGGGACUCUAACUGCUCAGGUGACCAGUCGGCCCUCUAUCUCACAGCAGGUGCUCAAUCUGCUCCAGUUUCUCACCAUAGAAAAUCAGCAGAAGCUAAAAGGAGCCAUCAGCAGGUUGGAGCCUUUUCCUGACAUCCCUGAAUUCAGAGAGUUGCGGUCAGUGCAGCAAAAACUCAAAUAUAACCGCGGCAACUUCACGCUAAGACAGGAGAUAACUCACUUCCUUUCAGUGUCGUCCUGUGACUCCUUACCUCUGACCAGACUUGAGGGACUUAAGGAGCUGACCAGACAGCUGCAUCACAACAAGGGACAGAUCCGAGAGCUGCUUAAAGAGUGGCAUGUCGACCCUACUGACAGCGUGCUGGUGAAGCUUGUCCUCAGUCUGCUGCAGCUCUGCAAACUAGCAGCCAACCAUCCGGGAGGAGCCGACAUUCUUGAGGCAGCCGGCAGCUGUCUGGGAGAACUGGGCCCAGUUGACUUCUCCACCAUCGCCCUUCUCCACGGCAGAGAUCCCCUCUACGAAAAGGCUGUGUCUCUCUUCACCUCCACUGAGUUGCAGUGUAUUUACAUCGUCCUGAACUGCAUGAACGACGCGCUCACACAUCAGCGCAUCGAGGUGAGGCGAGCAGCAGCUCAGUGUGCAAAGAACAUCCUUGCCACUCAGUCUGGAGUCGACUUCUGGGACCAUUACAAAGAUAACAGAGACCCCAUGCUGGCUUACCUCAAUCCCUUCAGAACAGUCAAGAAUAAGGUGGCUGCUGUGAGCGCUGAGGAGAAUUUGGAGGCUAAGAAGAAGCUGCAGAGCCAAGAGUUUUGGAUUCCUCAGGCAGGCAGCCACAAGAGCUGGUUGAGGGCUCUGUGUACAGCCCUGCUGGACAGCGGAGGGGUCGGGAGUGAGGCCCUGCUGCUGUCACGACCACUGUGUCUGGUAAAUGUGGACUGUUGUCAGAGGUUGCUGCCCCUCAUCAUUCACUCCAUCCUUCUGGAUGACUCCAACGGAUCUUGGAGGCAGCUGCUGUCCUCCCACAUUCAGGACUUCUUCAGCUUCUGUUCCAGGAGCGCCCAGGCCUCCAGUCGAUCUGCCACACCUCUCAACUCUGACUCUGAGUCGGACACUGCCAAUCAGGGCUUGUAUGAUAAGACCUCCCUGCGUACCAUGCUUGCUGUUAUUGACUACCUGAGACACCAACAGAGACCACUGGAAGCUGACAGCAACUCCUGUGGUACAGUGUGUGACUCAAACUUCUGGCUGGAACUGAACUACCUGGAGGUGGCCAAAGCUGCUCAGUCCUGCUCAGCUCACUUCACUUCUCUGCUGUACUCGGAAAUCUAUGUUGACAAGAUCAAAGCAAACAUGGAGGAAAGUCGAAGAACAAAAUCCAGAGCAUCACGUAAGCUCACUUUUGAGGAGAACAGUCAGAAUUUCACCAUCUCCAGUCUGACUGAGAAGAGCAUGGAAGACACCAGUAUCAGUCUGCAGGAGCUUCUGAUCGAGGUGUAUCGCAGCAUCGGAGAGCCUGACAGUCUGUAUGGUUGUGGAGGAGAGACGAUGACCAGUCCACUGACAAGGAUUCGAACCUAUGAACACGAAGCCAUGUGGGGAAAGGCCCUGACCACAUACGAUCUUCACUCGACUCUGCCUGAAGUCACUCGACAAGUAGGAAUCGUGGAGGGUCUGCAGAACUUUGGUCUGAGCAACAUCCUCGCCACCUACAUGAGGGGACUGGAGAGCGAAGGGGUGGAGUGGGGAGCAGAGCUUCGAGAGCUCCGCUUCCAAGCAGCCUGGAGGAACACCCAGUGGGACUGUGAGCUGUCAGAGAGGAAUGAAAAAUCCAACCCUGGCUUCCAUGAAUCAGUGUUCUGUGCCCUGCAAGCGCUCAGGGACAAAGAGUUUUCCAUAUUUGAUGAAACUCUAAAACAGGCCAGGGGUGCUGAGGUGGAGGAGCUCUGCAGAGGCAACCUAGAGGCUGUUUCAUCUCUGUACCCAGCUCUGAGGAACCUGCAGAGCAUCAGGGAGCUGGAGAGUGUUAAACAGCUCUUCUCCAGGCCCUUUUCAGACGUGGCUCUGAGUGAGGUUUGCAGCCGGUGGCGGCAGCACUCCCAGCUGCUCCUGGACAGUGACUUUGCUGUGGUGGAGCCUAUUCUAGCUGUGCGCUCUGUGGCCCAACACACCCUGUUUUCCAGACUGGGAAACCCUGACAGCACAGAGUACGUCAGCUCUGUUCUCACAGACCACCUCAUGGAGCUCUGCCGUUCAGCUCGCAAGGCUGGUAAUACACAGCUUGCAGAGCGUGCAGUCUACCAGAUGAAGCAGCACAGUGGUGGUGGGACCUGGAUGGCACUCCCUGUGUCAUCAUGGCAGCUGGAAGAGGCCCAGGUGUUCUGGGCAAAGGGCGAACAGGGUCUGGCUCUGGGCCUGCUGAGACAGAUGACACACAGUCUAGAAGAAAAAGUGGAUUUAAAUCCUGCUUUGGCUCCACUGUACACCGAGUGCCUCAGGCUAUGUGGGAACUGGCUGGCUGAGACCUGCCUGGAAAGUCCUGGAGUUAUUCUGGAGAACUAUCUGGAGAGGGCUGUGGAGGUGAUAGAGCGGGAGUCAGGGGCCCAGGACCCCAGACUCCAGAGCCAGCGGACUGAGGCCUUCUUGUCCCUGGCUCGCUUCUCUGACGCUCAGUACCAGAGCAUCGACAAGUACAUGAACUCCUCAGAGUUUGAGAACAAGCAGGCGCUGCUGGAGAAGGCCAAAGAGGAAGUAGACCUGAUAAGGGAGCGUAAAGUGACCUCCAACAGGUACACAGUUAAGGUGCAGAGAGAGCUGGAGCUGGAUGAAAAGGCUCUGUCGAACCUGCGAUCAGACAGACAGCGCUUCCUGUGUAAGGCAGUGGAGAACUACAUCCAGUGUCUGGAGCAAGGUGAGGAGCACGACACUUGGGUAUUCCGCCUGGCUUCGCUCUGGCUGGAGAAUGCUGACAUUAAAGUUGUGAAUGACAUGAUGAAGAAAGGAGUGAAGCAGAUCCCAUCCUACAAGUUUCUGCCUCUCAUGUAUCAGCUGGCUGCUCGCAUGGGGACAAAGAUGGCGACUGGCAUCUCUGAGGAUAACGGAUUCCAUGUUGUCCUUAAUGAUCUGAUAUGCAAAGCAUCUUUGGAGCACCCUCACCACACACUCUUCAUCAUCUUCGCCCUGGUGAACGCCAACAAAGACGAGAACUUUUGCCGGACCCGACUGUCUAAGAGUUCUCCGCAGCAACCAUCGCCAUUUGACCUGGAACGCUCAGAUGUGGCUCGGAAAAUCAUCAGUGUGAUCAGGAAAAAGCGAGCCGAGAUGAUCCGAGGGAUUGAGCGUCUGUGUGAUGCCUACAUCACUCUGGCUUAUAUGGACGCUAGCAGGCACAAAACUGAGAAGAGGGCUAUUCCCAUCCCUGCUGAUCAACCCAUCAUGCAAAUCAAAGACCUUGAAGAGGUUGUCAUCCCCACAAUGGAGAUUAAGGUGGAUCCAUCUGGUUGCUAUGACAACCUGGUAACUAUCAGAUCCUUCAUCCCCCACUAUCACCUGGCUGGAGGAGUCAACCUGCCCAAGAUCAUCGACUGUGUCGGCUCUGAUGGAAAGAGCAGGAGACAGCUGGUCAAAGGUCAGGAUGACCUGCGCCAGGAUGCGGUGAUGCAGCAGGUUUUUAGCAUGUGCUCCAUGCUACUGCAGCGCAACACGGACACUCGCAAGAGGAAGCUCAACAUCAGACGAUACAAGGUUGUGCCGUUCUCCCAGCGUAGCGGUGUGUUGGAGUGGUGCUCGGGCACGAUGCCCAUUGGGGAGUUUCUGGUGGAUCCUCAAAAAGGAGCCCACAAACGCUUCCGACCUCAAGACUGGACCAGCCUGGCGUGCCGCAGGAGGAUGAUGGAGGCUCAGAAGCUUGCAUUUGAUGAGAAACUCGAGGUUUACAGUGAGGUGUGCAAGAAGUUUAGGCCUGUUUUUAGGUACUUCUGCAUGGAGCGAUUCCUGGAUCCUGCUGUGUGGAUGGAGAAGCGGCUGGCUUACACUCGCAGUGUGGCCACCUCCUCCAUAGUUGGCUAUAUUGUUGGUCUUGGUGACAGACACAUCCAGAACAUCCUGAUCGAUGAACAGACUGCUGAACUGGUGCACAUCGAUUUAGGUGUAGCCUUUGAACAGGGGAAGAUCCUCCCCACUCCUGAGACUGUCCCCUUCAGGCUAUCCAGAGACAUUGUGGAUGGGAUGGGCAUCACUGGAGUGGAAGGAGUUUUCAGGAGAUGCUGUGAGAAGACUAUGGAGGUGAUGAGGAGCUCCCAAGAAGCUCUGUUGACUAUCGUAGAGGUGCUUCUGUAUGACCCUUUGUUUGACUGGACCAUGAACCCUCUGAAGGCCUUCUAUCUGCAGCAUGAUGAGCAGCAGGAGCUCAAUGCAACACUGAGCUCUACGAUGGGAGGAGACAUCAUCGACAACCACCGUAAAUCCAGCGACAGCCAGAGCUUCAACAAGGUGGCAGAGCGGGUGCUGCUGCGGCUGCAGGAGAAGCUGAAGGGGGUGGAGGAGGGGACUGUGCUCAGCGUGGGCGGGCAGGUAAACCUGCUCAUUCAACAAGCCUUGGAUCCCAAAAACCUUAGCCGGCUCUUCCCAGGAUGGCAGGCCUGGGUAUGACCCUUGAACUGGUUGUCAUUAUUGUGUUUACUAAAACAAGACAAUUAAAUUCUUAUACAACAGACCAACACCAUAUUGACUUUGUAAAUGAAGGUUUCUGCCAAUUUCUGCACUUUAAAGUCAAAGCAGUUCAUUUUAUGUAGCGGCCCAAAAACCAAACUAUGGAAUCAGUGAGCAGUUAUCUUCUGGGAACAUUCAAUUUAAAAAGAACCGUCAGUGAGACUGAGCAUGUUUAAAAAUGAUGGUCCUUAUUUGUGUUGUUCAGUUUGAUUUGAAUGUUUUCUUACUGCUGACGUAAGUACGAUUCAUUGUUGGCAGUGACUAUCCAAAGUUUGUAUCACAUGAAUGUAUGAUAUAUUAAGCCUAAUGCAUUGGAUGACAUCCUUAUCCAGCUAAAAUUUGCUUCAGUUCAGUUACUUAUUACCAUUUAGAGACUAGCUGUUUCAGUAUGUGAGAGUAUUGAAUGUUAUUUUACAAGACGUAGAGUAUGUCAUGAAAUUUGAGAAAUGUGUGUACAGUUUGUACAAUUCAACAGCCUCUUUAUGCUGUAACUUCCCUGCUGCUCUUUAAAAUGAUUACUGUAUCAUUAAAUGAGUAUAAACAAA